GGCUUUUGAUCAGAUGCCAGCUCGGACACAACUCAGCGCCGACGUAAAAAGUAACUUUUUGAUCGAAAUAUUGUAAAAAUCGAGUUUCGGAUAUAGGUAAAGGUACAUAUCGAACUCAGUGCGACAUAAACUUCGGUAUCGAAAUCAAACCAUUUCGUCAUGGGCUUUGAUCUAAACUGCAUUGUGGGUAACGUUGACGAGGAGCUCAUCUGUCCAAUUUGCACAGAUGUCCUGGAGGAGCCGGUCCAGUCAUCGGAAUGCGAGCACGCCUUCUGUCGCGCCUGCAUCGACAAGUGGAUGAUCCAGAAGCAGAUUUGCCCGGUGGACCGCUCCGGCCUACUGAACUCACAUCUGGUGCCCGUUUCGCGCCUCAUGCGCAACAUGCUCUCCCGGCUUAAGAUCAAGUGCAUCUUCUCGCAAAGCGGUUGUUCCCAAAUGCUGGCCCUUGAGGAGUUCCGGACCCACGUGGCCGCCUGCGAGCAUAAUCCCAAGGUGGUUGUCGAGUGCAGCAAGGGAUGCGGAAUGAAGGUUCCCAAGGACGAGAUGUCGCGCCACAACUGUGUGUUCGAACUGCGCGAGCUGGUGGAGAAACUGGUGAAAGAGGUUUCCGAUCUGAAGCUGAAGAAUGCCGAUAUGGAGGAGCAGAACUCCAGCCAGCGCCGAGAGAUGGAGCUGUUCCAGUACUAUAUCGCAGCACUGCGAUCGACCAAUCCCAUGCUGCGCAACAUUGGCGAACAGCUGGACCGCUUCUCGCUGAUGCAGUGGGGCAAUGGACUCCGUCUGGCCACCGUCCACACUUGGGGCAGUCUGAUCUCCACUCCGGACAAUCCCAUGCACCUGAUGGUGCGCGACGUUUUGCGUGAAAGCGGCUGUCCGAUGCAUAUGCUCAAUAUGCUGGUUGACCGUUGCCACGAGGAUCGCUGGCCCGAGGGUCUGAUGACGUUGGACGAUCGCCGCGAGAAUCAACAUCUUAUGAGUCAGUAUGUCACCCGAUUGGUGCCCGGUCUGGUCACCGGCAAGCCGUGUGUGGUUGUGCUGGGCGGCGACAACACCCACAUGCCGGAGAAUCUGCGCCCCAUUCUCGGACUGGUCAUGAUCUUCGUCGACGGUGUGAAUGAGAUGGUACAGCCACCGCUGUCUGACAUCGAGUUUAUGUAAGCCAAUGCUGGAUCACUUCAUCCUACUGGUAUCUUCCAUAUCUAAAUUCAUUUUGGUAACACAACACAAAAGCGCAACUGGCUGCCCGUUUUCCACGUCCUUUGUUUUGGACUGACGGUCAUGUUGCUACACUGUCUUAAAUUACACGAUCGUACUUCAAAAGUCGUCAAAAUGAAAAUAUAAAUAUGUUUCAGCAAUUCGAGUUACAUAAAUAGAAAACAAACAAAUGA